CUGGCCUCUCGACGUGUUACUCGGGACGGUGUGCCUUGCUGUUCCUGCUCCCUCGGCCAAAGUGCAGUAAUGUGCAGCCCAGGGAAAUGGCUCCGAGCAUUAGCUUCUGUGCGUUCAUGUUGUCAUUGAGGAGAGUCUAUUAGAAGGUCAUCAUCAUCAUCUGGCAUCCACCACCACCACUACUGAGUCUCUUCAGGGGCUGGGAUGGCUUGAAGGCGGAGAUGCCAUGGAGGAAAGGGAGAGGACUGGGAAGAGGCGAGGGCUCAAAACCAAGGCAGAGGAAGAGAGGCAGCCGCUCAGCCAUCCCCACACUCUUCACAAUUACUGAGGAAGAGGAGGGACAGAGACAGAGAGAUGGUAUCAGGAAGAAGACCAAAGCAUCCUUCUAUAAAGUGGACGAUGGCAGAGUGUCUUCACCCACCCGGCCAAGCUCGUCGCUCUCUGGACAAAUCUACUCUCCCACCCUGACCUCGACGCCCACUCCCACCCCCGCAGCCACCAGCAACAGCCCCAGCUGCAACACGCCACCACCCAAAAUAGACUCUUUGCUCUUCAACAAAACCGAUGAGAGACUGAGGCUGGCCCGUGAGCGUCGAGAGGAACGCGAGAAGCUGAAUGCCACCAAGGAAGCCCAGUGGCAGGCGCGAGAGGAGCGAGCUAGGCAGCACUACGAGAAGCACCUCGAGGAGAGGAGGAGGAAGCUGGAGGAGCAGCGGAUGAAGGAAGAGCAGAGACGAUUGGCUGUGGAGGAGAAGCGACGACAGAAACUGGAGGAUGACAAGUUUCGUCAUGAGGCUGUGAUGCGGCGGACUAUGGAGCGUAGUCAGGUGACCAGACCAAAGACCAACCGCUGGUCCUGGGGUGGACCUCUGCACCCCAACAGCUCCGGCAUGCCGACCGAUGCAGACAGGAGGUCUGUGUCCACGGUGAAUUUAUCCAAACACCACGACGCCGUCAUGAUCAAGCGCCUGUCCUUGUCCUCUGCCACGCUCCUCCACUCGCCUGACCGAGGGUUAAAGGCGAGAACAACCUCUACCCCUGUCAUAAACAAAGCUCCGUCCAAAACCCAUCUAAACCAGGGGAUGACCACCCACCACAGAAACACAGGUCCACGCCGCCUUCCUCUGACACCCUGGGAGAGCAACAUGGUGAACCGGCUGCAGCAGCCCACACACUCCUACCUGGCACGGAGUUGCAGUGCUGUGAGUCUCUCUGGAGAGCAAACAGCCAUGCUUGUGUGUCCUCGCUCAGUGUCCUGCCACCCCAUGGGCUCAUUGUCAUUCAAGACCGUGCAGGCCCACCCACUCUCUCACAGCCGCAGCCACGACCGCAGCCUCAGCAGGGAGACGGCCUCAUCCGCGCCUGCCCGCAGGAGGACCACUGGGACUACACAGACACCACAGAAGAACCGCGACUCUGUCAGGAAGUCAUGGAACAACCUGUCGCUGCCCCUGGGUCCUGCUCUUACCUUACCCCUCAAAUUGCGGUCCUCAUCACCCAUCAAAAGGAACAGUAAAUUAACAGCGCCCUCUCCUGGCAGGUCUCCUCACAAAAUUACAGCAUGCCCCCCAACCCCCAAGAUGCUCAAGUCUCCCGGGACAGAGCAUCCCGGAAACCUGCGCCCUGUCAAGGUGUCGCCUGAGAUUGUGCAGCCGUCAACGCCCAGCAAAACCCAAGAAGUGGAAGACGAGCAGGUCCUCAGUCCUCCCCAGCCGGCGGACCAUAACAAGACGGAGCAAAUGAUGACAACCACCACCAGCGACCCAGCUCUCAAGCCUUUUGCCGGGACCAUGGAUCGAGAGGAGGCAAGCCGCAUCCUAGCUGAGAACCGGCGGCUGGUCCGCGGGCAGAGAGAGAGGGAGGAAGAGGAGCGAAGGCAGCAAGAGGAGCAGGCGAGGUUAGCCAAGGAGGAGAUUGCUCGCCGCAAGGCAGAGGAGCGAGUGAGGAGAGAGGAGGAUGCCCAGCGCCAAGCAGAGGAGAGGAGACUGAAGGAAGAGGAGGAGAGAAAGAUGGAGGAGGAGCGACUCCAGCAAGAGAGAGAGGAAGCAGAGAGAGCCCAGAAGCAGCGAGAGGAGGAAGAAUCUCGGCAGAAAGAGGAGACGGAGAGACUGAGGCAGGAGAGGGAGAAGCACUUCCAGAAAGAGGAGGCCGAGCGGCUGGAAAGGAAGAAGCGUCUGGAGGAGAUCAUGAAGAGGACCAGAAGGUCUGACACAACAGAUAAGAAAGUAACCCCCAACAGAGACGGACUAGUGGCCGCCGCCUCACAGAGCCCAUCUGAAGGGACACCGACCCUGCAUCGUAAUGGCAACGGUUGCCAACCGGACCCCAACCUGACCGCCAGCACUGCCACAGUUUGCCCUCCUGUGCAGAGGGAGAACGGAGAGUUUGAGGAGGUGCUUGAACUGCUUUCGCAUCCCAGGUUGCAGGAAGAUGAGCUGCAGCAGCAGGAGGGAGAGGAAGACGAGGAGAGAGUUCCUGUCAUGGCCUUCAGGGAGAACGGCCUCCCAAAGCCUCUGGGCAGUGGAGUGGACGAUAGAGCAGCCCAGCAGGGAGCAGACGUUGCCUGACAGUGUGUCCGGACAGGAUGAGCCGACCAUGGAGAACCAGGAAGGAAGACUGUUGGAUGCGGAGGAUCAUGUGAAAUCCAAAAAAGGCUCUUAGAGCAUUGUAGACGUGCUCAAUUCCGCCUUUAAGGACACUUGCACGGUGACAAGAGCAUCCGUUUCCCCAAAGACGGUAACCCCAAAGGUCGCCCUUAAAUAUCUCAGGAGAGGAUACUGAUUGAGGCAGUAUGUUUUUUUUUUUUUUUUUUUUUUUUUUGUUUUUUGUUUUUUUUGGGGUUCCAUCCCUUUUCUGAAAUAACCACCAGAGGGGGAAUAUUUGAAAUUUACUCCACCUGUGACAGCAAACCAAGAUGAGUUGUAAAGUCUUUGAUUCUAAAACUUUUUUUUUUUUCUUCCUAGUUUGACAGGCAACGUCAGCAAUGCGAGGUGAAAGCGGAACCUUUUUGUUUUCUUCAGAAAUGUUACAGGAAAAACGCGUUGGAAGAGGUUUGUGUCACGUGACAUUAAGCUGCUCUCAGUGUUUAAAAAAGAAAAAAGUAGAGAUUGGGGCAAGGUGCUGGGUUGGACUAGGACGGGCUACUACAGAUCUAUUUUGAUUUUUGUUUUUUUUAUUUUAUUUAAUUGUUGUACAUAUCAAACUUUAUUGCUGUAACCCAACUUUCUGUUCAACAUGCGCUCACGACGAGCUCCCGAGAUGUUAAAUUUAGCAGUAAAUCUCAUUCAUUUGAUUGUGAAUAUUUCGGCAUACAUGCUGCUAAUUGUUUUCGGGCUUACCACGUAUAAAGUUAAGAUGAUAAUCGAAAAACAACCUUUCCACUUGGACAUGCGUCUCGUGCAGUACUGCCAACAUGGAUGUUGGUAAAGAAGUGAGCUCACAAAUGGCUUAAACAGAAAUGUGUAUACCAUUAUAGCAAUUCUAUAAAUAAUGUAUGAAAGUAAAUAUAUUUUACUAAGAACAACCAGAGUAAAAAGAGGAAAAUCUAUUCCAGCUGUAUUAUUUGAAAAUAAAUCUUUGACGUUAA